UACAAAUUCCAGGGUCCUCUUCAUGCGGGGGCGGUGUGUGCUGCAAGCCCUCUGGUAGAGGGGCUCCUUGGAGCUCCGGGCCGAACCCCUAUCGGAUUUUGUCCCUCCGGCCUCAGGCUCCUGGAUUCCGAGCCUCCUAGAUCUGUACCAGCUGAAUUACUCUCACCUGCUUCCAUUCUCAACACCAGGAAUCUGAGAUCCAGAAGUAUCAGCAACAAAGAUGUCUAAUGAGCCACCACCUCCUUAUCCAGGAGGUCCUUCAGCCCCACUACUGGAGGAAAAAAGUGGAGCCCCACCUACCCCAGGCCGAACCUCUCCAGCUGUGAUGCAGCCGCCACCAGGCAUGCCACUGCCCUCUGCUGACAUUGCCCCCCCACCCUAUGAGCCACCUGGCCAUCCAGCACCUCAGACUGGCUUUGUGCCCCCCCACAUGAAUGCAGAUGGCACCUACAUGCCUGCAGGUUUCUAUCCUCCUCCAGGCCCUCACCCACCUAUGGGCUAUUAUCCACCAGGACCCUACCCACCAGGGUCCUACCCUGGCCCUGGGGGCCACACGGCCACAGUAUUGGUUCCAUCAGGGGCAGCCACCACGGUGACAGUACUGCAGGGAGAGAUCUUUGAAGGCGCACCAGUGCAGACAGUGUGUCCUCACUGCCAGCAGGCCAUCACCACCAAGAUCUCCUACGAGAUAGGCCUGAUGAACUUUGUGCUGGGUUUCUUCUGCUGCUUCAUGGGGUGUGACCUGGGCUGCUGCUUGAUCCCCUGCCUCAUCAAUGACUUCAAGGAUGUGACACACACAUGUCCCAGCUGCAAAGCCUACAUCUGCACAUACAAGCGCUUGUGCUAACGGAGCCAGACUUGGACUUCCCCACCUCUCAGUCUGGCCCUGUGUGCUUUUCCCCAUGCUCAGUGGUCACUACCCUCCAGCCCCCACUUAGGGUUGGAAGUUUUGCCACUGUACCCUGGAAAUCCUGUUCUCACCUUGCCCUUCCCUGAGCAUCCGACUCUUCCAGCAAAAAUUCUGUUGGAUUUAAGGCCAAGGGCCAGUGGGUGGCAUGGGGGUGGCACUGAUCUUGUGUGUUACUCGGACAUUUGAGAUUCAGAAGAUAAGCUAGAGAGGCUCUCUUAACUGGGGUCCUCAUUUCUCCUUUUCUGUAUAAGUAUAAGGUCCAGGCUGGCCCUUACUCUUCCUGGGACCAAAAGCACCCAGAGGCAUCAACAGGUCCCCAGACUAGGGCCUACAGUGACAGUUGUGCCUGGAACCACAGUUGUUCCUGACCUGCUGGAAUUAAGUCAGGGUGUCAUCUAAAGUUAAGUGGACCUAAGCAAGAUAGAGUCUUAAGGCCUGGGUUUAAGUGGGGUUUGCUGUCUGGGGUACCAAGAUAGGGAAAGAAAGAAAGAAUGACUGGUAACCCUGGACCUCAGAACUCUCAGGUAUGGAAACACCCCAGAGAACUGCCUGGUAGGAGGCAAAGAGGAUGCUGGGCUAUUUAAAGCUCUGGGGCAAGAACGUGCCCCUGUUCUCACCUAGCUUGAGUCAGUCAGUGUGCAGAUCUCCUUUCUGGCCACACCUCUGUGAACGCCUGUAUUCUCUGAGGCCAGAAGGAAUGAAUGCCCAUGAGCCUGUCCUGUUUACUUCUGUGUCUAUGCUGUGUGAGGGUGCAACUUCUGCCUGGUGGUUUGUUGACAUGGCAGAUCAGAAGCACCUCUUUGUAGGUUUAUUGGUCUCUGGAAUAAGUGCCAGCCUUUUUGCCAUAGUUGACUUGCUUCCAUAUUGGAGCUCCUCUGAAGGAACAGAUGUGGCACUGGGCUGGGGACCAGGAAGAAGUCACAAGUGGUGGGAGUAUCCUAGGGACAUGAGUCAUGCCCAGGGUGUAAGCCCAAACCUGUCCAUGUCUUAAUGGUCUGUGAAUAUGCCGUGUGGACGCUGUAUCCUGCUGCUGUCCCUCUCCUGGUCUCAUAACACUGCAUGGCCUCCUAGCACUGUGAACUGUGGCCAGUUUGUAGUUUCAUUAAAUUGGCCCUUUCACUCCCCUGCCCUGGGCCUCUGCUGUCUUGCCUGGCUUCCUUCUUUUCUGAGAUACAGGGUGGGACACUACAGUAGUCUUAGGGGCAGGCAGGAGCCUGAGCCUGGGAAUCAACACAUUUAAGAAUCCAAUUACACCAAACCAGAAUUAUAUAUAGACCUGCCCUGGGGGAACCCAGCUGUUCUGGGCCAGGGCAUUGGUUUCUACUGUUUGCAUAAUUAGACGUCCAGGCUGCAGAACCUGAGAAUGAGUCCUGUCCUAGCUUACUGACCUCUUAACCAAUAGCUAUUGCUCUUUUGUCCUUAAACAAGACCUUACAGUCUGAAAAUGACACACUAAGCACUCAGUUCUUAGUAAAAUCAAUCUUCUGAACUGUGAAGGUGGUGGGCUCAAAUCUUUUUGAGUUUCCCUGUUGUUCUACCAUUUUUUCACACAAAGACUUUUAUAGGAAUAUCCAACUAAUAAAAAUAUUUAAAUUCA